GCAUCACAAAUCUGUGCGCCUUGAAUAAAGAAUGGGACUUGGAUUUCGUUCUUAAUUUGAGAGACUAGUAUUGUUUUUGUUCAGCCAUGAGUGAUGAAGAGAAUCUACAGAAACUUUUACUGAUGGGGUUUACGGAUGAGGACAACAUAAGGGCAGUUUUAAAGUCAUGUAGUUCAGAUGUAAAUGAGGCGAUAUCUGUACUGUCUUCUGAAGGUGUAUAUACUAGAAAUAGUUGCGCUUUUACUCCAGAUAAGAGUAUGAUACGCAGCAAGGAAACUUUAGAAGAUGAAUGUUCCGGGUCAGCAACUGUUUCAUUGGAUGAAAGCUCAGAUCCACUUGAUAAACUAGUUUUGGGGCAUAACAUAAGCAUAGGAUUUUCUUCUCUUGAGUUCAAUAGACUUCAAAGUCGUGUUUUAACAGAACAGUGGGAUAUUCCGUGUCUAAGGUCACAAUCUCUUGGUGUUUGCCUUAUGGGUGCUGUUUAUGAGAUAAAAGUCAAUGGUUUGAAGACAUUCGAUUUAUACCCUGAAGUCCAACGCUUUCUUACUAUAUGUUUGAAGGAGUGUGUUACUAAGCUAAUGACAUCGCAGGCUGUAUUCAAUUGGGAUCGUGAUACUUUGGAAGGUGUACAUAACAUGUUAGAGUUAAUAAUUCGUCUAAUUUGUGAGUAUAUGAGUACAUUAAAAGUGGCUAUUCUUGGAGAGAUCAAAGAAUACAAUGGUAAAGUAAAUGACAAAGAAGAUUCUGUUGAAUCACAACCUUUGAGAGAUAAACAUCUUCAAUCUAUUGGUGUUUUAGGCUGUGGAGCAUUUUUAUUCACUGAACUAUUUCAUAUACUUUCAAUGAUUUUUGACUGUGAGACAAAUUACCAUCAAUUAUGUCGGGAUAGAAAUUGUAAUACUGGAACCUAUGCUGAUCCAUUCAAUGACUGGAGUCAGAUCGCUCAUAAACAUUUGGAAAAUAUCGUCUUUGCUGAGGCAUUACCAACUCCAAGGAAUUUUUAUCUUGUCAAUUUGCUCAAUUGUUUUGGUGUUUAUAAUGGUUUCAGUCUGCUUAGUUGGUUUGCAACUCAAUCCUGGUCUAAUAUAAAUCUUACAUCGAUAUUUCUUCUUCCAAUGGCUAAAUGCUGUGAUUAUUUAACUUUGUAUACUCUGAAAAGUUAUGCAGCCAAGGUUAUGUAUCGUGUUAUUUGGCGUUUAUCAAAUUUAUGUAUAGAAGAUUUUAAAGAUAGAGAUUCACGUAUAUUUGAGCUGAUCACCAGCAUUCGAGUUUUAACAUAUCGUUUGGUAGAUUUAAAUGUUGCAGAUAAUCUUGGUUCUUUAUUGACAUCAGAAGAAUGUAGUUUUUGCUUAGGUAGUUUAAUGUUCACUGUUUUUGAACCGAAUUGGGAUGAUGUUAUCUUACGAUAUAACAAAAACAAUUUUAAUCAACAAUUAAACGAUCAAGUAUCAUUGUUUUCUAUUCCUGUAAUUGAUAAAUUACAUUACAGUCUGUUGCUUACAGCUAUAUCACCACCACAAGGUGUAGGUGGUGCAACGUUUAACGGACGUAUGAUGGCUUUAAGAGAACUUAUCCAACAAUUGGAAGUAUCAAAACAAUUUGAAAAUGUUAAUAAUUCAUCUAGUAAUUGGAAUAAAAAUAAUCAAAAAAGACCACGUCCAAUUGUUUCACUUACAUCAGCUAGUUUAUUAGCUACAGAAAAUGCUGCAUUCUUAGCUAAACGUCAACGGAGAAGAGUUUUACGCUUAGAUCAGUUAAUGUUUUGGAUUCAAGAUAACGAAGUGAUAUCCAAAUCUCUACACAAAUUGGAUAAUACAGCGUAUAUGACUACUUUAAAUAACUUUUUCCGUGCUCUUGGUGAGCGUAUUACAAAUGAUGAUUUAACAACUUUGUGGCAUCGAACAUCACAUCAAAAUGGUGCAGCAGUAGAUAAUAUAUUAAAUUUACUCACAGAUUUGGCAUCGUCUCGAUUUACUCAAUCUCAAUUAAAGCAUUUAUUUUUUCUUGUUGAACUGAGCUGGAUGAAUCUAGAUCUACAAGCAAUUUCACAUAACUUUCCUGAUAUUAAAUCUAAUAACAAUCGAAAAUCUAAAACAUCUCUUAUUCAAUUACCUCCUCCUGAUGAGCCAUCUACCAUACGUCAUGCACGUGCAAGACUAUUGAAUAUGAUUGGUAGAAUUGGAAUAUCUUCGAGAGAUCCUAACACAGCUGAUAUGUGCAUAGAAUUAUUAUGGCGUUUAGCUCAUUCAGAUUAUUCAGAAGAAGCAAAAACUUUUUCCAGACAAAAUUAUAAACCAAAACAAUCAUCACCACAAAAGAUAACUUUUGUAGAUCGUAUUCUUGUUUCACAUGGGCACAAAAUGGACACAACAGAUCCUACUGUAGCGUUGGAAUUUCCAAAAUAUAUGCACCCUGAACCGAUUGAAGCAGCUUUAGCUCAACAGUUAGUUAUUAUUCGUGAAUUUCAUUGUUCAGGUGUAGAGCAAAGAAUACGAGCGAUGCGCUGGUUGUUAGAAGCUGUAGGUCAUAUAAGCAGGAACUCCCUGACAUUUUUUAUGCUAGCCUAUCUAAAAUCCUUAUUGGAAUUCAUAUUGAAAAAUUUUGUUGGAAAAGCUAAACGAGAUCAUCUUCAUGAACUUAAUCGUUCACAUGAAUUGAUUACUCGCGUUGUCGAUUCUUUACUGCAUUAUGAAAAAUGGGCGAUUUCAUCUCAUGGUGAUCUCUUAACUGCAGAUAGUUUGGAUGCACUUGGUUUCAGGCAUAGUGAUGUAAUCAAACGGCAUUUUGAUCUUUUGAAUUUCUUACUUCGAAACGCUGAACUAACAUUGAGCGUUGAACGUGCGAAAGCUUUAUGGGAAACAUUGAUUGGUCAAACGCGUGCUGCCCCAUUUGAUCGUGAGCAAGCAUUUAUUUGGUUUUCAUCAUGUUUAAAUUUUCUUGAUACUGAUGCUCAAGCAUUUGUUUUUACAAAAGUGAUUUUAAAAUCAAAUCCUGCUUUAUUUCGUUCAAUCGCUGGUUUUGAAUGUUUCAAAGGAUUUUUUGAGAAAGUCAAUUUAAAUGAAGGUCGUAUGAAACAAGUGGCAAAAUCGUGGCAUGUUGAAAGACCAGAUUUAAUUGGUUUAGAUUUUCUGUGGGAUUUAUACCUUGCUCUACCAUCAAGUGAUGCAAGCUUAGAUGGUGGACAUUCAAAUCGUCUAGUAGAUCAUGAAAUAUAUACCAAGUCGAACCCGGCUAUUGAUAAGCCGUGUGAAACUAAAUCAAGUGUUGGUGACUCAUCAUCAAAACAACAACAGAUUGGAGCAUUCAAAGUGUCAACAUUCUCGUCAUCAAAGUCACCUCUAGAUGCUGCAAAACCAGCUAGAUUACUUUUAUUAAAUGUACACUGGGGCCAAUUAGCACCAAAGUUAAGACGAGAUCCAGAAUCAUGUUAUCGUCGUUUCUUUGAUACUUGUAGACGACGAUUAGAAACUAACUACGCUUUAGGUCGCGGUUUAAUCACUGAAUAUGGAAUCACAUCAGUUUUGGCAGAGACUGGCGAAUUACUGGCUUCAUUGAUGCUAGGACUUGGUCCUGCGACUAAAGCAAAACAUUGUACUCGUACUGCAGCUAAAUUGGCUAUACGUCGUUUAUUAGGUUUAGUUUAUGCAUAUAUUCAAUCAGUUGAGGAUGAAAUGUUUGGUUCUCGUGCUCAGUAUCCGAAUUGGAAACCUCAUGGUUGUACUUAUCGAGGUUGGGAUAUGCAUUUACUUUUGAAUAUUGAAACUAUUAAACAAGGUCAACCAGUCGUAUCUUUAACUAAUCCUGUGCCCAUAAUUGGAAAUCAGGUUAUGAAGAAAUUAUCAUCAUGUUCAUCUAAUGUAUCCAGUAACAAUUCACAAUAUUUUGAAAACCAUGAUUCUAUAGCAUUGUUAGCACACUCAAAUGAACCUCUUAGUUCAAUUAGGGAGAGGGCCAAUAUUUUGUCGACUGCAUAUUUAUUUGGUUGUCAAUCUAAAUCAAAUAAUCAACAGGACACUGGUAAAUCUACAUCAUGGACAAUGGCUACUUUAUCUCUUCAGAAGGAAACACGACCAAAAAUUUCCAUUUUAUGUGAGUCGAAUCAACCGAUCGAAAAGACUAUACUUUCACAUGAUGCACCCAGUCAACGGAAUGAAAUGAGAUCAGUUAGUAAACAUAAUUCCUAUGAACUUCUAGAUACUGUGUUAAAUCGCAAACCUAUUGGUGAACUUGGCUUUCAAAUUAAUCGUCAGUUGAUUGUUCGAUUUUAUACAGAAUCUAACAGUCGUGUACGUAAUCGUGUUAGUAACAUAAGUGCUGUUUCUUCUUCUGCUAUUCAAGGUUCAUCCAAUAAUUCACCUUAUAAUAGUUCAUUUUCAUUAGCUGGCUCAUAUUCAUCCACGUUAGAAUUGACAAAUGAAUGUUUCAAUAAUUCUAUAUUGAUUUCAAAAAAUUAUUGUUUAUCAAAUGAUGAAUCUUCUAGUUUUUUAAGUAAUUUCCGUAAACGUCUAGAAACAUCAUCUACAUUACAAGUAAAUCAUCUUAUCACUAAUGAUACAUCUGUACUCAGUCUUAGUAAUAAUAAUAAUAAUAAAAUUCUAACUGAUUCAUCAACAGAUUUAAAUAAUUCUAAUCAAACGAUUCCUACAACUAAUGUUAAUAUUAUUCUACCUAGUGUUUGUUUAUCAAAUGAUUCAGCAGUUUAUGAACUAUUAUUUGAAUUAGCUGAAUCGGAACUUGCAUAUCUUAAUUCAUCAUUCCUAAUACAAUCAAAUAGUCGUAAUAAAAAAGUCCAUUCAUCAUCUUCGUCAUCAAAUUUAUCAUUUGGGGAAACACAAUUUCCUUCAACGUUUAGUUUUCUUCAUCCUGUACGAUUAUUAUUAGCAUGUUUACCAACAUACAAAUCAAUUCGCCAUGGACGAAAUGGUAAUGGUACAUAUUUACAAUAUAGUUUAGUAUGUAAUCCACAUAUGCUUCUUAACGCUUCACCUUAUCGUGUUUUAUAUAAAUUACAACUUUUGAGUUCUGCGUUGAUUCCUUUGGACACAAGUCCAUGGUGGGAAAUCUCCCCAGGAUGUUUACUCUCACCUCCGUCUUCAACUUACUUAAUAUCUCAACCUCUUCCGAUGUCCAUUAUCUCAAGAACUCAUAAAGAAUUGGAAUCUCUUUCAGUAGACAGUAAUCCUAGAUCAAAUUCAGCUAGUAGAAGAUCUCAUUCUCGUACUUCACCUAUAAAUGGUGAUUGUAAAUCUAAUUGGUUUCUGUCUGUUGAUGCAAUAAAUACAAAUUCACAAGUAAUAAAUUCAACUUCAGCGCCAUCUUCACCAGAAAUUUCUCCACGUCGUCGUCGUCGUCUUAAAAAGCUAACUUCCUUCACACUUUCAAGUGAUAUUUUCUCUUUCAAGGGGAAGUCUCACAAAGAUGUGCCGAAAGAUUUAAAUCUAGUAGCUGACGCUCCACUUAUUGAAUAUCUUGAAGCAUUAGUUCAAUUACUUGAGCGAAAUUUAGUUCCCUUAUCUGUCGAAUCACCUUAUAAGUCUACGAAUUCUGUCAAAAAGCAUAUUUCUGCAUUUCCAUUUGUAUUGCGAUCCAAUCAUAUUCGUCGUCAAUGCAUUACUAAUGAACAUGAAUAUUUAGCAUCUAAUAUUUCACAGAAUACAGCUAAAGAUAAUGCUAAUUGGUGGAGGCGUGAAGUGAGACAUUUGUGCUUACAGUUGCUAGCUUCUUUGUUAAAUCCAAUUACUUUAGUGAAUAAUGAUGAAUUCACAACAACUGUUCAUAAGUUGUACAAUCAAAAUAUAAUGUCUGAACCAAUCUAUACUAUACCAUCUGAUUCAGUUGUAUAUCAAAUAACUCCUAUAUUAGCAUACAAUCUAUUGAAUAAUUUAUUAGAUACUGCAUUAAUCGAUGCUGGUGUCGACAUUGAAUUACUUCAUUCUAAUAAUUCAUUUACAAAACAACACUCACAAGAAUUACUCAAUAAUUUUUACUAUUUAUCUAUGCCUAAAUCGUACAUGUUUUUACCACAUGUUGAUAGUAAAUCAGGUAUUGCUGGUGUAAUUGAAGAAAUCUCUUAUUUUGGACGAAAAAUUCUAUUUCAAGAUGUUGAAAUCAGUGUACAAUGUAUACGAUUAUAUUUUCAAUGUAUCAUAGCCUAUCCAUGUAUAUUUGUUGAUGCUGUAUUGAAGUCAACGAAUUUGGAGAAUAAGUUUAUACAACUGUUAGUGUACUCCUCAUCUACAAGAAUAAGAAAUGAAAUGGCUCGUCAACUGGAACAGUUGUUCAUUCUUGUAUCACCUUUCCUUUUCACUGGUCCUUCUUGCUAUACCAGAAAUAAUUCAUUAUCUGUUUCGCAUACAUCUCACUCUUCGAUUUGUUCACUUCACGGUUAUAUUCGUCAUCCUGAAAUUCUAAAUCUGAUUCUUAAAACCAUACUCAAUACACGGUUACCAUUUUUUGAUGUGAAACUAGACAUUAUGUCACUACCGGCAGUAAAUAUUUUAAUUAGCCAAUGUGCAGAAUAUUUUCGUGUACGUGGCUUUUUACUCGGUCAAACACCUCCUCAAAUUCUUAAAACAAAUUUCAAUACUGAUCAUAUCACUAUUCUUCAAAAUGAUUUACUAUGGUUUAAAAAAAUGAUGGAUUUUGAUGAUAAAAAUAUGCAAUACUAUGAAAAUCAAAUACUCAAUGAUUGUCUACUAGCUGGUCAUUUGAAUUCAAUUCGUUUAAUUUGUGCUCAAUCAAUAGCAUGUGUCACUAGUCAUUGUCAAUGUACAUUGAAUCAUCAUUUAUUAUCCAAUGGGGGGUUAACACCAAUUAUUGAUAAACCAGCAUCUAAAAUAAAUAACCGUAGUAAUAAUAAUAAUAAUAGUAAAUUGAAUUAUUUAAAAAAUGGAUUUAUUACUAACAUUAAUCAUUUAUUACCACCGAUACAGUUAUUAAAAGCAAUGAAAAAUCCAGAUAUACUUGUAAUUAAUAUGAAAAAUGAAGAAACUAAUUCACAGACAAUGUUAAAUAAAGAAUUUACAGAAAACAGAAUACGUAUUCACUCUUCUGUUGCGUUAAAAUUAGCAGUUGAUUGUAUACAAAUAACAAGAGAUUUUAUUUAUUAUCUUAUUGUAGAAUGUUUAUUCCCAGCAGCUAGAUACUUACUUUCAGAUCAGAAUGCUAAAGAUUUAUCACUGUACGCUCCAUCAAAUGGACAAUUUUCUAAACGUGAAUGUUUACGAAGAAGUUUAUCAAUUUUAUUUAAAAACCGUAACCUUCCACAAUUUGAUGUUUUUAAGAGCCUCCGACCUAUGACUAAAGAAGUAUCAUUGUCAUUUUUGUGUUUUGUAUGUCGCAUAGAUUGUCAAAGUUUAGAAAAGGUUGUUAAUCUACUAAUUUUACUACACCAUUCACAUAAAUCAGAUCAGAUUAGUUCUGAAAUUGGUACACAUACUUCGAUAUUGCCUAAUUCAAUUCAAACAUCAUCUGAAAUAGUACUUGAUCAUAGUUCAUUUAAAUCUACUACAGAAGAAUUGCUUCAUAAGCAACAUAAAGUUAAUACAAUACCAAAUAUAAUAGGAAAAGCUGGUGUUCAUUGGGAUGUUCAACCUGUUGUAGCUGGACGAGCAAAAUGUGGAUUUGUUGGUUUACGUAAUGGUGGUGCAACAUGUUAUAUGAACUCAGUUCUACAACAAUUAUUUAUGCAACCGGGUGUACCGGAAACAUUAUUAGCUAUUACAGAUACUGAUGAUACCGAUGAGAAAAAUAUUCUGUUCCAAACUCAACAAUUAUUUGGUCACUUACUUGAAUCUCAAAUACAAUAUUAUGAUCCAGUUGGGUUUUGGAAAAGUUUUCGACCAUGGUCAACCGACGUUGAAGUGAAUCCAUAUGAACAACAAGAUGCGUUUGACUUCUUUCAAGCCUUAAUUGACCAAUUAGAUGAUGAAUUAAAAAAAAUGAGAAAGGAACCAUUUUUCCAAACUUUAUACCAAGGUAUAUUUCUUGACUCUAAAUUUUGUGAUGAAUGCGAUCAUCGUUACGAUCGUGAAGAAGUAUUCAGUGCAAUUAAUUUAGCAGUUAAAGCUAACGAUUUACAUGAAGCUUUAAAUCAGUUCGUUCGAGGUGAAGUACUUGAAGGUGAUAAUGCUUAUUAUUGUGAACGUUGUUGUGUUAAACGCCGUGCAGUAAAACGUUUAUCUAUUCACUCACUACCUCCAGUACUGUGUUUACAUCUGAAGCGUUUUGAUUUUGAUUGGGAUCGACAAAUACCUAUUAAAUUUUCGCAUUAUUUCAAAUUCCCAAGACAAUUGGAUAUGAGUCCAUAUUUAACUGGUUCUACACUGAAAUUUCGGUCUUCUGCAUUUUUUUCCUCACAUUCAUCAACCUCGGCUUUAUUACAACGCGAAGCCAAAGAAGCCACAUUUGCACCUAGCGCAGCAAAUAAACGACCUAACGAUAACGAUAUAACUGAUUUCACUGAAUUAAACACAACUGAUGAAAUUGUCAAUGUAGAGAAUCCUGUAACAUUUUCCAAUUCUCCACUAUCAUCACCAACAUAUUCAACCGAUCAAUUAUAUGAUGACUCUGAUAAAAUAAUCAAUACAACUAAUAUGACAACUGAUGAAUUGACGAAUAUGAACUCAAGUAAUACAUUAACUAAUACAUCAACUUUAAAUAUAUCUUUAUCGUCAACAUUGGAUAAUCAAAAAAAGCAUGAGAAUUUAUACAAACUUAUCGGUAUUGUUGUUCAUUCUGGACAGGCUAACUCUGGUCAUUAUUAUUCAUUUAUUAAGGAUCGUCGUCAUUGCAAAGGUCAUCAAUUCAACUCAAUGAACGCUUAUCAAAACACUGAACAAUUAUUCAGUUCAUCAGUGAUAGAUCAACAUUCUGAUGAAUUUGCACAAAAUGUUACAAAAUCUAACUUAGAAACUAUAUCUGAAAUCAAAAAUGAAGUAGAUAACGGGCAAAUAAAUACAAAUAAUACUACAACUAACAGUAGUGAUAUUAAUAACAAUAAAAAUAAACUUCUUAUUACUGAUCAUGAAAUACAAGAUACAGAACAUUGGUAUCGAUUUAAUGAUACAUAUGUUGAACCUAUUGAAUUAACGGAUGAUUUACUUGAACAUGAAUGUUUUGGUGGAACCUAUAAAGUUACUGGAAAUGACGGACGAACUGUUGAAACUCGUACCAGAUACUGGAGUGCAUAUCUUUUGUUUUAUGAACGAGUCAAUAUGAAUUCUUCGUCUUCUUCUACAGUGAGUAAACCGCUACAAACGGAAAAGAUAACAACCAGUAAAGAUCAACCUGAUUUUCAAUUGAUUGUUGAAUGUGGUAAAGAAGGAGUAGUUCGUAACUCAUCAACUAACCUAAAUGAACAAAGCUCAGUGGUGACUACUAACGUGACAACAACCACUACAGGAACUAAAACUACUAGUAUUCCUAAUAUCAUGAAAUCCAUUUCAAUGCCUACACGGAUUGCUCAACAAAUAUGGACAGAAAAUAUGACAUUUUUACGUGAUCAAAACAUUUACUCUCAUGAAUAUUUUGAAUUUGUACGAGAACUAUGUGAAGGUAUAUUGGUUGAUGUCAGCAGUUUACGUCAAGAACCUGAACGUGGUGUACUUGGUACAAAAUUACUAUCGCAUUUCUUAUUUAAUACUUUUCUAUGCCUUCAUUCUCGUGUUAAACUCAAUAUGGCAUUAAAAUCAAAUGAAUCAUCAUUAAAUAGUUUAUGUACAAGCGAUGUGACAGAACUGAUAACAAAAUUAAAUUCUGAUUUACUUAACUUAUUAACUCGUUUAGCUACAACACAUCCUAGUGCAACACGUUGUUUGAUGCAUUUUCUGUAUAUCAGUCCAAGUCAACCAUGUUUGGUUUCAAUGCUUUUGGAUCCCGAUCCAGUAGCACGUCAACAAACUGCAAAUACGAUUCUCGCUGUGUUACAAGGAUUCUAUGGUUUUAAAGAAACAAACAUUCUUGAUGGUACAUUAACUGGAUUGAUUAACAAUCUACUUGGUUUAUUCGAUAAUGGUCAAAUAGCUGAACAUUUAACAGAAGCUGGUGCAUUAUUCGGUUUACUUCGUGGUUAUGCAGAAAUGUGUCCGCAUGCCACGGUACACUUAUCUAAUUUACGAGCAACCAAACGAAUAUUAAACUUUUUCAUUGAACCAAAUAAUGUCAAUUCAUCUGACUCUAAUCAACAGCCUGCUUGUUGUACAUCUUUUACUGAAGAUGCACCAAAUUGGUCUCACCAGUUACGUGUAUGGAGUCCGAUCCAGCAUAGAGAGAUGGGUAAUCUAUAUCACCUUCUUACUAUUUUACUACUUCAAACAUCGUUUGAUGCAUAUAGAUUUUCAGAUCCUCAUGACAGUAGUAGUACAACACGUGCACCAUUAGUAUACCGUCAAACAUCACAAAGUCGUUUAUUACUUCGACCACAAAAAGAAACAACACUUUGGCUUGGUCUAUCUACUCCACCCUUAUUAUUAAAUCCCGUUAUCAAACCAGUUAUUUCAAAUAUCCAAACAGAUAAUACAACAACAAAUACAAUAUCUAAUAAAGUCAAUUAUUAUUCUACUCAACUAGUUGGAUUAUAUAGAUUGUGUGAAAUUGUUUUAAAAGCAUAUAUAGAAAAUCCUAUUAUACCAAAUUUAACUUCAUUUAGUCUUGAUGAACAAGGUAAUCCAAAUUUUACUACUUGUAAUAAUUUGACUACAGUCAAUUUAACUGGUGGUUCGUUAAGUUCAACAAGAGUUAAUCCAAAUGAAUUAUCCAUUGUUAUAGGAAAUGAGCCAAUAUCACUUAGACAACGUAUUCGUGAAUUAAUGUUACAUAUAUCAGCAAGUUCAUGGGAUACAUCUCAAUGUUUUAUUAUAUCUUUACUUGAUCGUAUUCACAGUCGACCACAAUGUGAACUAAGACAGUAUUUUGAUUUGCUCAGUGAACUUUUACGUCUUACUGAUUGUAUUCAACCAGCUAGAAUUAUAGCAGUUAUUGAUGGAUUAGUUGAUCAGAAAAUUCAUCUAAAUAAAAAUGAUAAUAAAUGGAUUUGGGCACCACGUCCUAACGGAAAUCGACAAUUAUGGGCAUGGAAUGAAGCAGAAAUGAAAAAUGAUAUAAUUCAAUCCGAGAAUAUAGGUAAUGAUGAUGUUAAUCAGAAUAUCAAUAAAUACGGACCUCCUGAAGUUCUUGGUCUUUUGGAUUUAAUUCAUACAGACUAUAAUCGAGAUCCUCGACGUGCUUAUCAAUAUACCAAAUUCAUUGUUGAAUUAUCAACUCAGAAUACUGCUGUAUUAAAAUACUUAUCAAAUUAUCCAGAAAAAUGGGAACCUAUUGUAAAAUGGUUAAAAUCUCUUAUAGAGUCUACAUCAGAUGAACAUUUUAGUCGUAAAAAUUCACUUGAUUUGCCUUGCUCACAUUAUCUUAAUGACAGCUUAGAUAGUCGUAGAGAUAUGAGAAAAAAUGAAUCAGAAGGAAUUUGUAUUGAUAUUCCGACAGGUUUAUCAAAUAGUCAAAAUGUUGGUUCUCAAUUAUCAAAUAGUUUUAUUCAGGCUUCUAAUGAAUAUGGUGAAAAACCAACUGGUUUUCAACGGACAAAAUCAGCUCAGAAAACACUAAGUGAAGCAACUCGUUUACUUUUUUCUAUGCCACGACCUCAGCAUAUGAGUAGUGAUAAUCCAGAACUAGAACCUACUGGUUUAUCAUCACCACUAACAUCAUUAAUGAUGACACCAUUAAUUAGUAAUCGUAAUGAUGAUGAUGAAGAUGGCGAUAACGAUGGUAAUAGUCAGCAAAAUGACAAUCUUUUUCUUAAACUGUCUACCUAAAUCUAUCCUUCUCUUUUCCAUUUAUUUCCUGUUACAUUGCUUUCAAAUCUACCAUUUCUUAUGAUGUAUCAUUUAAAUUGACUACGUAAUCUAGUAUGCUUGUAUAUGUAAUUUUUACAUGUGUGCUUGUGUUGUAUGCAUAGAAACGUUUAAAACAUUAUAUAAGAAUAUUACAAUUCAUAAAGUUAUUUGUCUCAUUUAUAUAUUUCCUCAUUGAUUUAACCACUAUUUUUUAAUUAUACAAUAACUAUUCAAUAAAAUCUCUUGUCAUUAUGUGAUUUAUUUUCAGCCUAUUUUCAUUUCUUUUCUUUUCUAAAUGUAAAUACAACAUAGAAUAGCAUGCUAAUCACAGUUCAUUUUCUCAUUUAUAUUGUUUUUUUUGACAAUUAUCAUUAAUAAAGUUAAAAUCUUGACUUUUUAACAUAAAAUAUUGCAUAUUUUGUAUAAAAAUAAUUAAUGAAUAAUAAGAAGAUAAGAAAACUUAUAAUGUACUGCUUAUUCAAUAGAGAUCCCUAUCAAUAAUCCAUGUCUGUAGUCUAGUCAUUUUAUUUUGUCUUAUUCCCUAAUUGAUAUUCUCAUACUAACCCUUUCACAUGUCCUACCCAAUAUAUAUAUAUAUAUAUAUAUAUAUAGACAAUGUAUUUUGUUUACCUGUGCAAAAGAUUAAAUUAUUGAUCUGUUUGUGAUUUUCCCUAAGUUAUUUACUACUUAUUUAGUUUAUUAACUCAUUUGUCACUUUUAAAAAAAGAACACAAUCAUAAUCAACUUGAGGAACAUGAUGAUUUAUUAAUUUAGAAAAUAUUUUUUUCAUAUUCCAACUAUUUAUUUAUCAUAACUAAUCAAAAUACACAAUGAUCUUCUGUUUUACAUACUACUAUAUAUUUCUCCUUUAGAAUUCCUAUACAUAUAUAUAUAUGUCUUUUCCUGUCAUUUAAAUUUCAUUUGUUAGCUGUAUGUCAUUUCUAAAUAGAUUUUAUAAAAACUUAGUAGUGG